UUUUGGACCAAUUUCGUGAAAUUAUCAACAAAAGAUAAAUAAAACACACAGUCAAUGAGAGAUAGCUGAGGAUAUAUGCUGGGCAUAGGAACUCAGCAAGCUGAGAUUGGGACGUUUGGAUUUUGUGACUUGCUAUUCGUGCAAAUUUAUGUGGAAUUUUGGUGGAGUGUUGAUGGAGUCAUGGAGUGUAAUGGAAAAUGUGUUCCAAACUCCCCUCCAUCAUAAAUUUGUUUGAAUAGCACGUCACAAAGUCAAAAUAUCCCAAUCUCAGCUUGCUGAGUUUCUAUGCUCAGCAUAUAUCCUCAGCUAUCUGUCAUUGACUGAAAACACAGAAAUUGUGAAGAAAAACAUCGAAAUUUGGAAAUAUUUCGCAAUCUGCAGAAGCAGACCGACUGGCAUUCGUCAAAAUGGACCAAAAACGUGAUCACGAUGAAGACAGCAGCGAACAAAACAUGCGAAAGAAACUUGAAACAUCAGAAGAGGCCAACGCAGUGACCAAGAUAACCGAUGUCAACGAUGACUGCUUUGAAGUAAUUUUCGGUCAUUUGAUGCUACAGGAUCUGGUCAACGUAGCUGACACGUGCAAACGAUUCCAGACAUCAUCCAAAGCGGCAUUUGCCACCAAGUGUAGAGGAAAGGUGAUGAUGCUUGAUCCAUCUCUCAAUCGAUUGCCACCAAUCGAAUCAUUCAAAAAUGCUGUAGAGGUGUUCGGCAUGUCGAAUUGCUUGAAGGUUUUACGCCACUUUGGCCAUAAGAUCACCAUGAUAUACAUUGAUUAUUUGUAUAUCAACGAAGUGAAACAAGCUGAACUUGGUCGUUACAUGAAUGAAUAUUGUGCUGAUUCAUUGAUCGACAUCGCGAUUGCUGGUGCUCCGAAAGAGGUGGCGGCGAACUGGACCAAACCAUUCGUAAAUGCCCAGACCAUUGAGCUUCGGUGGUCUGAUUUGGGUGACUUAAGCGAAUGGUUUCCCAAAACGCGUCGUUUGGUACUUCAUGCAGGUGCUAAAUGGGCCGAAAACACAUUUCCACAUUUGGAAGAGCUUGAAAUCCACGAUGAUGUCAAUGAAGACAAGCGAGCAAGUAUUGCGGAAACGUUACGUCUGAAUCCGCAUCUGCCACAACUUCGUCUUUUGGACCUGGGUUACGAUAUGAAGUUUAUGAAAGGCGUAAGCUCAUACCUUCAGUCACUCACAUUGCUUGAUAUUCGUUGUGACGACGAAUUCUUCAAUCUGGGCGGCUCUUCAAUCCACCUCAAAAGCGUCAAAGAAUUCAAUAUUGACUUGCGCCGCGUUGGUGAGAUGUCGAGGAUUCCAUUCUCAUUUGGUCAACUGGAAAAGAUGCAGUUGAAAGUGAACGACUUCAAAAUGAACGAUAACUUCGGGAAAUUCCUCAAACAGAAUCCAUCUUUAUCGAAAUUGGUGAUCCACUCUCAAGUAUGCAUUUGGGCACAAAACUCGCGUACGGUUGAACAAAUCAAAAUGGACAUCGCCGAAGUGUCUCCAUUGCUUGAAGUAAUGAUAUUAGCUUUCCGCCGUCGUAGAUUUGACAUCGAUGAAUUGUAA